AUGAGGUGUGAAAAUAGGUGAUAUACUGGGAAGCGUGGCACAUAAUUUUGGGAAAAUUAAUAUGGGAAUCUUUGAAAAAUAGUAAGGUGUUAGAGAAUAUUGAGUCGGAAAUUCAAAAGAUAAAAGAAAACAUAAUAAAUUUCCAAUUGGAUUUAGCUAAAUAUUUCAGCUUGUGCCAUACCCGAUUUUUUUCCAGAAAAUUCCGUGGAUCAUCGUCGAUUAUUUGCUGCACUGCAUUUGGUUUUUUCCUUCUGUUUGGUGGUCUUUUAAUGUCACUUCUCGGUUAUAAAUAUCUUUAUACAACACCAUUUUGGACAUGGGAAUAUGAGAAAAAAAUUCGACCACCUCCAAUUCAAAUCGCUGGUCCUAUUUUAUUUUUCAUGGGAAUUGCAUUUCUUCUAUUCUCAUUUAUAUAUUUUCUAUGUACUACCAAACUAUGCGAUAUUUCUCUACAUCACACGAAAAAACAUGACGAUCCAUCAAGAGUUACAACAAUUACAACACAUUAUAUUCCAUCAAAACUUCCGCCGAUUUUCGAAAAACAUCCAUAUCAACCUUUGCCUCCUCCAGCUUAUCCAGUUUUAGAAAAUCGACAUGCAAAUUCAAAUGUUGUGAAACCGCACGAUGAAAAGAAAUUGUAUCCGCCUGUGUGAGUUUAUUCAAAAUCUCAUAAAUUUAAGCUAUUAUUCUCAAUUUUAAGCAAGCGUAAUUUUGUCAUUUCAGAAUUCCCGGAUGUUCAACUCUAAAUUUGCACAGAAAAUCACCGAACAAUAUAUUUGUAGCAAGCCCUUAUAAUACUUUGAGAGCCACAAGUGUUGGAAGGUUCGUGUUUUUUUAAAUUUCUGAUCAGAAAAUAUUUAAAAAUUGACUGAAAACUUUUGGAUUUCGAGUAUUCAAUAAAUCUUUUAAAAAUAUUUCAAAAACAAAUUUCAGAUAUCAAUCUGGUCUUCUCGAUUCGAAUUCAAUUGUCGAAAAUAAAUUCGGAAGUCGCCAUACAUCAGUAACAAGUCAAAUGUCAAAUACACAAAAAAGAUCGAAAAGUAUGGGACCAGCUGUAAAUCGAAGUGGUUCAUCGAAAAGUAAAACAUCAAAAUCGACAAGAAGACGAGAAAAUAGUCAAAUCUAA